AUGAUAUUGGUGAUUAUGCAUGGGGCAAAUCUGAACCACUUCAGUUGUUACCCAACUUUUGCAUCGGGGGUAACAUUAUAUACCCCCCACACUAACCCCUCCCACCCCCAGGUUCAAACCCAACUGACCCAAUAUUGUGUGAAACGAGAACAAGGUCUCGGCAAUCUGUUUGGUGAUGAGAAGUUACCACCGUGUGGCAGUAUGGAGACGCAACAGGAAGCGAGGAUAGUGGACGAGAUAAUCGGCCCGCUGAUUACUGAGUUACCACACGAUAUAUCAAACACUGGAAACGACAUGGAACAAACAAGAUUGUCGUUAAUAUUGGAAGCAUUGCAAUCAUUCCUUCUACAAUAUGGGACGAAACGUAAAACUAAAAUAACAUCGCGGAUGUAUUCCAUGCUAAGGCCCAAGCCACAACCAGCGCUAACUAAAGGCAAGAUGUCGGGGAGCAUGGAAUCGAUCAUCGAUGAUAACAAACGAUCAAGUGGGAUCAUGAACUUUAUUAAACCACGUAGAAACACAAGGAAUGACCCAAGCGCGAUCGAGCGAGCAAGGGCUCACCACGAGAAGAAAGAGCGCGAGGCGAGUAAAAAGAAACCUCGAGAAUCGGUGUUGUGGGAAAACUCGGAGAUAUUGAAACCAACCAAAGUUAUGACGGAGAAAAGCGAGGCCCAUGAUGGCAGCUUGAUGAUAAAUAUCCCGAAACGAGUGUCGUCUCAUUCCCCCAUACGAUCACGGAGCGUGCCAACCGAUGAUGCAAACCACACCAACCAGCACCAGCGAUCAUCAGUGAUCCCGGUGAUCCAAACCUCACCACAAGACCCCAACCUCGCAGAUGCACUGGAACAACAGGGUAAAGUCAGUUUGUUGGUCAAACAAUUUCAAGAUGGUGAAAGCGACACGUCCGAUAACGAUGGGUUAAACGUGGACAACAAUGCAAGAUACAAUCGUAGUGAGCGACGAGGAAGUUUUCGGCGCCAUCGUGAGGAUGAGAAGCGUCACACGGGGGGGACGAAGAGCCACAGCGAUCCAGAUCGAACGAAAGUUGAACAAGCUGUCGUGCAACAUAAUGCGUCAGAAACCCCCGAAACAAAGGGAAACCACCCAACAGACCCCACUCUCGACCUCUUGCAGAAUAUUCCAAGUUUCGCUGACGACCCUGAGAUGAACCUUGACGCAGUAGAACAACAGUGGUCCAAAAGUGUUUCAUCUGAUGUGUUACGUUCGAUCGAUCGUAAAGAAACCAAGAGACAAGAAGUGAUCAACGAAUUAAUCUUUACGGAACAACAUCAUUUAAGGGAUCUUAAGAUACUUGAAAAGUUGUUCUACGAACCAAUGAAAACCCACAACCUACUAAACGACGAUGAAUUGUACCAAGCGUUCCCCAACUUAUCGGAGGUGGUUCGUUUGCAUCGAGAAUUGAAUCGAUCGUUGCAGGAAGUUAAGACUAAGGAGGUUCGGUGGUUGCGAUCUGGGGGGGUUGCUGCUUAAGAGGGUGAGUGGGGG